AAUUUCACGGUGCGCCAGGUAUCAUGGGAUAGAAGCAAGAUGGCGRCCAUCAGGGGAAUGAGUUUGAAGAAUGUUUUAAAAAUACGUGGAUCGUUUUGUCCGUUUGAUCCUAAAACUGCUACUAUUAGAGAAUUUCUUCGCAGAGUWAAUUCCAAGAACAUGAUAGAAACAAAUGCAAAGUGCCAAAUUACCAUAGAUGUCAAAAAUGACAAAUCCAAGCCCUUYGUAGAAGUUACUUUUGUGGAUAAAGAUGUUCAAGUAUAUAGCACAGAACACCUAAAACUGAUGGACCUAGUUUCACAGUUUAACCUUAAAUGUAGAGAAAAAACAAAGUAGCAUCUAAAAUAUUCAGUUAAUGACCACCUGGACGAUUUUAGUUUGAAAAUAUGAAUGUACAGCAUUUAUUAAGCAGCCAUAAAACCUGUAAACUUCUCAUUACCACAUUUGUAUAAUAUUUCUCUGUUUGGAUUUUUUCCUAUUUGAAACUAAAACAACUGUCAUAUGUACAUAAAGGACGUUUACCAAAGAGAAAGAGAAAACUUCAAAAAGACAUUCACAAUAUUGCAGUAGGUUAGAGGAAUUAUAGAUAUUUAUAUUAAUUGUAUUUACAAAAAACAGGAAUAAACAUUCUUUCAAGUUUG